CGGCGUGAUCGUCCAGUCGAUGUGAUCGGGAGUCGCGCACGCACGCUUCUUUGCUAGUAACUGAUUGGAGCAGUUUAAAUCGUGCAUUUACCACAUCCGAGAAGAAUGGUUAGGUGGCGCGCUUUAUGCUGGAAAUUGCACCGUAAACUGCCAAGUCGUGGCGUUAUUAGAAACCUUCAUUAUGAACAGGGCCAGGCUACGAAAGAAUAUUCAAGGGAGUACUUCUAUUUUAUUGAUCAUCAAGGAAUGCUUUUUCUAGACGAUUCCAGAAUGAAGAAUUUCACGUCAUGCUUCAAAGAAAAGAAAUUCCUGGAGUUCUUCUUUCGUCGGCUGCGGCAUAAUGACACUGGGAAGUAUGAAGCAGAGUUUCCAUUCAUCUCGCCAUGUGGUCGGGAGAUGAAUUUUGUCCACUGUGAUGACGUGCCCUUCGUCUUCACGCACAUAGUACAAUUGCCGGAAGAAAGUAAACAGCCAGGUUCAAAAGGCUUCCUCCUGCACAACCAUGCAGGCAACCUACUAAAGGUUGAGUUUACACCACAGCACCUUUGCAUGCCUGCCGGCACAGGGAGGGUCUAUCACCCCGCACCAGAAAGGGCAGGUGGAGUUGGGCUGGUUCGUUCACUCCUGGCUAUUGAGCUUAGCAAACAUUUCACUUUUGCCGAUGACAGUGAAAAGACUCCACCUACUCACUUUGACUGGGAUGGCACCCGCUACGAGCUAACGAAUAGCCUUUUACCAGUCAUCAACAAAGUGUCAAGUUGGAAUGGCACAGAAUAGAAAGAAUGUGCCACCGGAAGAGUGCAGCCCAAGAGACAGUAACUAAAUAGGGUCAGUAGUAAUGCACGAAUAUUGCAUGAAGACAACUUCCGUGUAUUGACAACGUACACCACUGCAUUUCUACAAUGGGUGGUGUUACCAAGAAUAAAGCUUCAUUCUUUAGAAAA